UUUUAAACUAAUUACAACACUACAAAUCUAUUACAUUUAUUGAGGUAGUAAGAAAUGGCCCUUUGGGGAAAAGGAGAUGCCCGAUGGAUCGUGGAAGAAAGAGAAGAUGCCAAGAAUGUCAACAACUGGCAUUGGUCCGAAGUUGACGCCAGCGUGCCGAGUAAGAAGUUUUUCAAAGAAAAGUUUUUAGAGCUUGGUGAAUCGGGGACUGAAGGCAGUGUGCGAAUCAGUGAGGUAACAAAAUGCGAUGGUGAGGCUUCUGUCAACAACAGGAAGGGCAAAGUUAUCUACUUUUUCGAGUGGAACAUUGAGUUGAAGUGGUGUGGUAAGACAGCCACCAGUAAUGAUAACAUUACUGGCAAAAUUGAAAUCGAAAACAUCAGCGAGGAAAACUCCGAAGAUGAUGUCGACAUCACUACGAGACAAACUAAAAAUGGGAACGAACAUACAAAACUGCAUCAAAUUGUCAAAUCCCAGCUUGCCCCCAAGUGCAGGGCUAUAAUCGGAGACUACAUCAAGUACCUGCAAGUGACGCACGGUAAACAGGUGGUUCUGCCUACUAAGAAGGGAGAGGGUAUCAACAGUCAGCCCAGCAAAUCUAAAGCUGCUCCUCCGAUGAGCAGCAUCAAGCAGAAGAUGUCAGAAACAGUGAUCUCCUCAAAACCAACAGAAUCUGUUGAAAACAAGAGAACUGAUAUCAAUCUUAAUGAUGGUUUCUUGUGUCGUGUGGAUGAUUUAUUUCAUUGCUUCGUUAACCCAGAUAAAAUGAAGGCGUACUUCAAUGGAGCUGCAGAUGUAGACCCCAGAGAAGGCGGCAAGUUUUCUAUGCUUUGUGGCAUGAUAUCGGGUACAUAUCUCGAAAUUAAGCCAAACGAAUCGAUACAAUGGCACUGGAGGUUCAACGACUGGCCAGCUAACACUUACAGCACUGUUACCCUGAAAUUUAAAGAUACAGGAACCAGCACCGAGCUUACUUUGAACCAGGUUGGUGUACCGCAGUACUCUGUUGAACAAAUCAAAUCUGGUUGGUACAAAUACUACUUCAACGCCAUCAAACGAACAUUCGGAUACGGCUCCGGUACUUUGUAACGCCAACUCUCAGAUAUGAGUUUCCUGAAGAUGUUCGCUGUUUGACAACCUUUGGUUUGAUAAUAGAUUGAUGAGGUAGUGCAUGGGAUUUUAAGUAUCGCUGGAUUUUAAAAUCGGUGGGACUUUGUUUAGGUUGAACUUUUAUUCACUACUUUUUGACGUCUUUGGUUAGUGUCGUAAGCUGCUUUGAAAGGUCCUGUUCAUAUUAAAAUUGAUACAAUUCGUAUCAUUUUAUCAUCUAUGAUGAUAAUAUAUUUUGAUAUUAUGAUCGUUUCUACGUUUUUGAGUUCCAAGACGCCAACCUCUCAGUUAAAAUCACUGACCAUACCUAAUGAUUUAUUUUUAGGAAAUCUUUGGAUAAGGUUAAUCACAUGAUAUGAUGCUUCUUAUAUAUGAUCAUAACAUAAUAUAUAAUAUGCUUCUUAUAUUUAUCUAAUUGAUUUCUGAGGAGUUAUUCUGUUCUCAUAAUUACCAAAGUUUGAAGAGUAACCGAGCGAGAUCAAUGUCGUCUGGGAGACGGCAACUGAUCUGACAACUUAUAUUGUCAAGACGAUUUUAUUGUUGUCACACCGUUCCAUCCGAUCUUGAAAGCUCGAAAAAGCAAAGUAUUUGUAACCUGUUUUCUGUAAAUAUAUUGUAAAACCAUUCCAGAAAAAUUG